AUGGCUGCCGUCACCACAUCCUCCAUCAGCACCCGUGCCGCUUCGACUGCCAUUUCGAGCGCAAGAGCGUCGGAUCUCAAAGAUCGCCAAGCGGCUGCGCGAGCCUGUCUAGCAGCUGGUCGGAGCUUCGCUGGCCGCGAGCUCUGCCUGCGCCACUCCCCGCUCACCUGCAAGCCCGCGCAACGGCCGUUCAGAAUGCGCGUGAGCGCAGCGUCGGCGGAAGCGGAGGCGGCGGCAGCAGAGGCGGGGAAGUUCAUUCCCGCCGCGCCCAUCCUGCUGCCCGAAGGGCCGUGGAAAGAGGUGGAGGGCGGGGUGGUGGCGGCGAAGGGCUUCAAGGCGUACGGCAAGUACGCGGCGCUCAGAGCAGCAGGGCAGAAGCCGGACCUGGCGCUCGUGCUCGCGGACAGCGACGCCACCGUUGCAGCGACGUUCACUCAGAACGUGGUGGCGGCAGCGCCAGUGCUCUACUGCAAGAAGGCGCUGCAGGGGACCAGCACGGCACGAGCAGUGAUAGCCAAUGCAGGGCAGGCCAACGCAGCGACGGGAGAUGCUGGCUAUGCGGACACCGUCGAGUGCGCUGAGUCCCUGGCCAAGCUGCUGGGUGUGUCAGCAGAGUCGGUGCUGGUGCAGUCGACGGGAGUCAUCGGGCAGCGCAUCAAGAAGGCUCCUCUUAUCGACGCUCUCCCCUCUCUCGUUGAUGCUGCCUCGUCCACCCCUGAAGCCGGGCUGGCAGCAGCAGUGGCCAUCACAACCACGGACCUGGUUAGCAAGAGCGUGGCCAUCGAGACGCAGAUUGGCUCAACAACAGUGCGAUUGGGCGGCAUGGCCAAGGGGUCCGGCAUGAUCCACCCCAAUAUGGCCACCAUGCUCGGGGUGGUGACAUGUGACGCAGCAGUGGUGCCUGAUGUGUGGAAGCAUGUGGUGCUCACAGCCGUGCAGCGCAGCUUCAACCAGAUCACCGUGGACGGUGACACGAGCACCAACGACUGUGUGAUCGCACUGGCGAGCGGCAAGGCAGGGGGGCCUGUGAUAGCAGACAGUGCAUCGGAGGAGGGCAGGCAGCUGCAGGCUGCCAUGGACGCGGUGUGUCAAGGGCUGGCCAAGGCCAUCGCAUGGGAUGGGGAGGGCGCCACUUGCCUCAUCGAGGUGCAUGUAUCAGGAGCGAAGACGGAGGCGGAUGCAGCAGUGGUGGCGCGCUCGGUGGCAGCAUCAUCCCUUGCCAAGGCGGCAGUGUACGGGCGCGACCCCAACUGGGGGCGCAUAGCGUGUGCAGCAGGGUACGCAGGCGUGCCCUUUGACCCCACGGCGCUGCGCAUUGCCCUGGGUGACAUUCUGCUCAUGGACAAGGGGCAGCCGCUGCCGUUCGACAGGAAGGCAGCAAGUGAGUAUCUGAGGGGGAAGGGCGAGGUGCACGGCACAGUGAUCAUCGAUAUCUCCAUUGGGGAUGGCCCUGGGGACAGCAAGGCGUGGGGAUGCGAUCUCAGCUAUGACUAUGUCAAGAUUAAUGCGGAGUACACCACAUAA